AUGGCCUUCCGACUGGCCCGAUCGAAUCGGAUCGGCCUGUUGCGGGCUCCGUCACAGUCACAGGUGACGGCGGCCAGCGGCUGUCUCGUGUGCGCGCUUCCGACCAUCCGCAGAGCCUUGCACAGCUCAAGACAACGACAGGACCGCGGUCCUCUAUAUUCGAACAAGAAGGAAAAUACUCCACAGCACGUCACAGGAACAUGGGAGAGACCAUCAGACUUUCAGCGGCCGUGGCAGCACAGCCCGCGGGGUGAUGAGGGGUACCAGUCCGAGUCUGGCGAUGGAUCCUGGCGGCCUCCGCGCAAAACGGCGCGCGAAGCAGCAUCCGGGCCGCAGUCCAAAGUGGCCGUGGCAGCGGUGAUGCUGGCGGCUGUGGUGUUUUACGUGUGGAACUCACAAACGAUACCGCUGACGGGACGCUCGCGCUUCAACUUUUUGUCGGACGAGAUUGCGGAGCGCAUGCACCCGCGAGCGGUGCAGAGCAUCCUCAAGCAGGUAUACGAGGCUGGCGGGUACAUCUUACCAGAGAACGACACGCGGACGCGGAUUGUCAAAAAUGUCAUGCGGCGGCUGAUACCCGUGAGCGGACUGGCGGACCUGGAGUGGGAGAUAUACGUCAUUGCAGAUGAUUCCCAGGCCAACGCCUUUGUGCUGCCUGGCGGCAAAGUCUUUGUAUUCAGCGGACUGCUCCACGUGUGCGGCAACGAGGACGCCCUGGCGGCGGUGCUGGGCCACGAGGUGGCGCACCAGACGGCGUCGCACACGGCCGAGCGGCUGUCGCAGGCGUGGGUGGGCAACCUGACGACGGGUGCGCUCUUCUUCCUGGUCGGCACGUUGCCCGGGCUGGCGCUCUUUGCGAUUUGGACGGCGACGGGCGCGUUUGUGCUGCCAGCGCUCAUGUACGAGCUGCCAAUGAGCCGCACGCACGAGUACGAGGCGGACCAUAUUGGACUGAUGAUGAUGGCCGAGGCGUGUUAUGAUCCGCGCGCGGCGAUUCCGUUUUGGCGACGCAUGAACCAGCAUGGGCAAGAGAUGGAGGAGGUGCUGAGCACGCAUCCAUCGAAUGACCAUCGCGUGGCCAAGCUCACGCAGCUCAUGCCAGAGGCCUUGGCGAAGCGGGAGCAGAGCGACUGCAGAGGAACCGACUCGUUUGCGCGACGAUUCCGGUUUGCGGUUAAGCAACGACAGUCUGAAAUGCCACGGCCUGAGGAAAUGGUGUGA